UUUUUAAUGGAAGAAUGCAAGAUUCAAAUAUUAAGACAGUCUCUGUUCCUCUUAUACGUGGAUCCGCGAUGCAUAUAUCCGAUUUAGAAGUAAUCGGUAGUUACAGUGUGAACAGUGAAAGAGAAUAUGUGGAUGAUCUGUCAGAGUUAAGAUAUUAUAAGGAACCAGCAAAUAAAAAUGUUCGUUUCGAUCUCAAUUACAACGCAAAUACCACAAUAUCUACAGUAGACGAACCCUGGGAUACCAAUUUCUUGUUGAAAUGGAUAUCGAAUAACUUCGAUUCCCUUAGGGCACAAGAUGUAAACAAAAACAAAACGCAACGAUUAGCUGCGCAUUUUAUUUGCUAUCGAGGUGUUUUGAAAAACCUAUUACAUACACCAUUCAAUACGUCUAGUGGUUGGAUAAUUUGUGCUGCAAAAUUGAAAGAGUCAAUAUAUUUAUAUCAUUAUGAUACAGACGAAGUAAUUAAACAGAAUUUAAAUAUGACAGAACAUGCAAAACGUCUGACCGCAUAUGGGUUCAAGUUCCAACAAUUUGCACUUUCAGGUAUAAAUGAUUUAUUAAUAAUUCAUUACAGUCAGCAGAUUUUAUGCAUUUAUAGAAAAAUUAUGCUAUUAUAAAAA